GGGUUCUGUUCUUCUGGAUGUCGACGCAUGGUAGGUACCUUGGUAGGUAUUUUCCCCUUGGACCAUGAUAUUUCCGGCCGUUUGAUGUAUCCAACCGUGUCUCCAACAAUCACGCCGGGGCUGAACUGACUUCCAGUCCUUGCCGAUGCCUGCUCGUGCUUUGCUACAUUCUAUAUGCCUGCGCUGGCCGCCAACCCGUUGGUACCUGAUCCUGCUAUGUCGAGUUCCUGGAAAUCUCGGUUGGCAGAGGGCAGGAUAAUAUUUGGGAGACCUAGGUGCAAGUGUCUAUGUCUAGCUACCUAAGGUAGGGAUGAAACACGAAACCAUGCAUUCAAAGCAUCAAAACAUGAUCCCUGUCGGACCGCCGCGCCAGACCACUCGGCACAUGGUGCGGGCGAAGCCGUCGAGGUUUGUUAGCCUCAGGCCUCCCUUCCCCAGCACCACUCGGUAGGACAUGCCAGGAUCGUGGAUAUUUCACUCUUUAUCGAUCUGGAUGCCAUAAUCGUGGGCAUGAUCGGGCCGCCCCACGGUCUGGAACGCUCGACUUGAAGGUCCCUUCUGGUUAACCGUCUACUGACACUCAAGCGUUUGGAAGAAAUCAUCAUUUUACGACUCGCUUCAGCGAGGUAGUCAUACUGCACAGUGCGAAGUCAACUUACUGCGGUCAGCGGGUCAGAUAACCAUGGCCAGUAAAUCACCUAACUGGCUAGCAAGGCUAGUCAGAUCCGACAAGUCACAACGUGAUUCGACCCCCAAGAUUGCAGAGGAUGAAGCGGGAACGGACCCUCGAGCUCGCCGACGAGAGCAGGUCAGACGCGCUCAAAGAACCCAUCGAGAUCGCAGGGCUACAUACCUGAAGACUCUUGAAGCCGAAGUUGCGCGACUACGUUCUCUGGAUGCGGCCCACGCGGCGGAGAUCCAGUCAUACAGGCGGACUAUCCGACGGUUGAAAGAGCUUUGCUCUGAUUACGGCAUACCACUGCCGUCGGAUUUGGCAUUAGAUCCACAUGUCUCGACUCCUCAGGCGACUAUCGAGUUGGUGGGCCUGUCCGAGCGUUCGCAGAGCAUUCGAGCCGAAAUGCCAGAAGAAUAUGAACUGUCUGCCUCAGACGCAAGGUCCGCGCUCUUCUGGCCUUCAGGAUCCACGACUGUUAACAGCGGAGCUAUGCCGGUCACUACCAACACCAACAGCACGAGACUGAACAAUUCCUCAAUUCCGGCCGCUUCGGCAGCUGUGCGUCAUCCAGAUGGACUUGAUUCGAUUCAAGUCGGGAUCGACUUUGUCCUGGCUCUCGAACAGGCUUGUCUGACUCACCAUACCCAGCACGCCUGUAAUGAUGACGGCAAUGGACACACAAUGAUGUUGACGAACCCGAUCAUGGAGUUGUCCCCGUCACCGACUCAAACGAAGCAGACUGAAACAGGCAUCCCGAACGGCACUCGGUGGACGGUUCCGGCGAUCGAACUGGAAAAGCUGCUGGAGUUUUCGAACCAGCUCAAUCUGAGUGGGGAAAUCACACCGGUCGAGGCCUGGCAACGCAUACGACAGCAUCCGAAUUUCGUGAGGGUGACAAGAGAGGGCUUGGAAGCCAUGAAGCUGGCACUGAUUCCUGAAAUCCAAUGCCAUGGGUUCGGUGCUGUCAUUGAUGAGGCAUAUUUCGACCAAAUCCUCCAGCAGUUCCUGGGAUAUCAUGCAAUAGCUUCGUGAAGUAUCCUCAGCGGACGAACCGGUGGUCCGCUCGAAUCAGCACAGACGGCCAAUUGCCCAGACUAUGUCGGGACUCAUGCUGAAGCUCCGAGUAUUGCUAAUGGAUGUCAUGUAGCCUCCAAAUAUGUCGUACUAUUUCGUUAAUCCUGUUCCACUGAGACAGUUGGCUUUUUUGGUGUUUCUCAUGUAGAUACUUUUUUCCAUGCUGAUUUUGAUUACAAAAUACCAAGGAACAAUUGGGAACUCGAAGUGCCAGUGCACGUCCAAAAGUGGUGGUCUGCAA